UAGUAACACUCAUAUAAACUGUAUUAGUUGUUAAUUUGUUGUGAGGCCACCCUUUUUUGGAUAGACAUUCUGGCAACGGUACAUCUCAUUAAUUAACACCCCCUCUAAUUAGUGCUCAAUUAUGGAUUAAUACCUGAAUUAAGUGAUUUAAGUGGUGUAUUAUCUAUUAACAAUUAAUUAAAUUAAAUUAAUUGAUCGAUCUGAAAAGUAAACGACGCGACGGAAUGACAAUUUUAUUAACAAUUAUUAACACAAUCAAAAUUCAAAAUCUGUGUGUUAUGUUUUGUGUGUUGAAGUGAAUUAAUAAUUCAAGUGAAAAAUAUGGAUAUAAAACAGUGAGACUUAAUUUUUUUUGAUAUUUAAUUUUGUUUUUUUUUUUAUGUUUUUUUUUGUAAACCAAAGAAAAUAUUUUGUUUGUGUUUUUUGUGUGGGGUCAAAGUGAACUAAAUCAUGAUGCCACUCGCACCCACACCAAUUGUGGCUGUACCAUCAAAACCAAAAAUUGGAUUUUCAAUUGACUCAAUUGUGGGUGGAACAUCAUCACCCCAACCAUCACCUGUUAAUUAUUCUGAAAGUAGUGCUCCAAUAUCACCAAAUAGUGAUCAUAGUAGUGCGGAAAAUCAUACAUUAGUUCCAAAUACAAGACAACAAAGUGAUAUCCACCGAAACCAUGAACGAUUUUCACCAAAUAAUAAUAAUAAUAACAAUAGUGCAGGUAGACAUUCGCCCUUACAAAAUUCCUCAAUUCCAACAUCACUUACCUCAUCCACAUCACCAAAUGCAACCCAUCAUAAUCGAUCGAAUGGUUCACCAUCACCUAAACCACCAAUAAUGGUGCCUGGUAUACCAGCACAUUCAUUGAUACGACCAAAUCCUACAUAUGAUCCCAGUUUAAUGCCAAAAUUACAACCGGAAAUGAUGCAUAAUCAUGGUUCAUCGCACCCUUUUGCAAUUGCUGCACAUUUCCAAAGUGCUGCAUUGGCGGCAGCGCUAUCAAAUAGUCAACAUGGUUUUCCACCACAUGGACAACCUGGUGGUCCAUUGGGUGCACAUCAUACACCACCAAGAGAUAGUUAUCCAUUGUAUCCAUGGUUAUUAUCACGGCAUGGUCGAAUAUUUCCACAUAGAUUUCCUGGAGGACCUGACAUUCCUGGAUUCUUAUUACAACCAUUUAGAAAACCAAAGCGAAUACGAACUGCAUUCUCACCAUCACAAUUAUUAAAAUUAGAACAUGCAUUCGAAAAAAAUCAUUAUGUUGUUGGUGCGGAACGGAAACAGCUUGCUCAAUCAUUGUCAUUAACAGAAACACAGGUGAAAGUAUGGUUUCAAAAUCGAAGAACAAAACAUAAACGUAUGCAACAAGAAGAAGAAGCCAAAUCACAACAAGGUGGUAGUAAAUCUGGUUCAGGAUCAAACAACGAUGGAAUGCAAACAAAAUGGAAACAAGAACCAAGUGAUGGUAAUGAUUCACAAUAUGGUGAAUAUAUUGAUAUGGACAUGGAUGAUGAUUGUUUAAGUGAUGUAGAAAGUGAUACGUGAAACACCUCUAA